AUGACAAUAUCUACUAUGCUGUUACGAGAACUAACAAACUGUGAAAAUGUGUUCUUGCGAGAAAGUACAAGUGACCUGGUGACCGGCAGGAGCGGCCUGUGCUUUCUGUGGGGGCGCCAAGUAAAACGGGGUUUCAUUUCUGUUCAGACAGAGCUUCGGGGGAAAGAAGUUGGUGCUCAGUCUCGGGACUCGCGGCAUGUGUUUGAACAAACACAGCUUGUUUCAUUAUUGAAAGCGGUAUGCUCUAAGUGUUGUAUUGGGAAAAUCACUGAAGGAAGUCACUUAGAAAAAAAACAAACAACUUUUUUUUCCCCCCUUUCAGGUCCUGGAGUCUUGACCCGGACUUUGCUCAAUGCAGGUGUUAGAGUGGUUGCUCUAGAGAGUCACUCAGCUUUUCUUCCAAACUUACAGUCCCUAGAGAAUAGCCUGGAUGGACAACUAAAAGUAAUUUACGGUGACUUCUUCAGACUGGAUCCUUUGAUCACUGGACCAGUGAAACCACCUGCUGUGUGUUCUGAGAAACUUUUUGAAUCUAUGGGUGUAGUAGCAGUUCCCUGGAGAGCAGAUGUACCUGUGAAAAUUUUUGCAAUCUUACCACAGAAAAAGGAAAGGAACACGCUAUGGAGGCUACUUUUUGCCCUUUAUGAAUGCAGUUCCAUAUACAAAUACGGAAGAGUGGAACUCAACUUCUUUAUAAGUGAAAAAGAGUACGAGGUAUUAACAGCAAAACCUGGAGAAGUGAGGGCCUACCAAGCACUUACUGUGCUUUGGCAAGUGGGAUGUGAAAUUCAGCUUCUGCACAUGGAACCUUGGUCAUCAUUUAUAACUAAUUUGAAAAAUGGGGGACUAGCGGUACCAAAGAGCACGUGGCUGCCAAAUGACCAUUUAUGUUUGGUACGACUGACUCCCCGGCAAAGUCUAUUUACAGGAGGCAUGAAGCCCACAAAUUCAGCUACCUUUAUUUUCAUGGUGAAACAGUGUCUUGCUAAACCCAGGUCUAGACUUAUUGAUAGAUUAAAUUCAUGGAGCCUGUACAAUGGUCGCAAAUUAUUGAGAGAGCUAGAGAUUCCAGAAAAUGCUCAAACAGUUAACUUGUACCCAGAAGACUAUAGACGUCUUUUUGAGGCUUUGCAAAACUCUAGUGUGUUUACUGAAAGCUGGUUCCAUGAUGAAGUUUUGGAAAGUAUAAGAAACAUAAACUUUUAAAUCAAAGGGUGCUGAUGUUUGGAAGAUCGAUCUUCUUUGCUUCUGGAAGAUAACUGUGAUAAGAAAUGAUUUAAAAAAAAUUGGAGAUACCAUUAGCUAGAUGGUUUCCUGCCCAAACAGGAAAAUAAACGUACCAAGAAACAAGAGCCCUUCUACGCAGGAUGCAACUAUGGGAUUUACAGUCAUUUGACUACAAUCCUAUCCAGAAUGGACAAAUUUUGCACCUUCUCCAGGAGCAUAUUAGCAAACAGCUGCUUUUGGAUAUACCACUGAAACUGAAUUUUUGUUACACUGCUGUGGAUUUACAUCAUUUGAAAAGAAUAACAGACCAAAUACAGUGAAUUGUGCAGUUUGUAUUUUAGUGCUCCGUGAUCUGAAUGUUUUUUCACAGAUUUACACAAUACAUAGGUCUUUACAAACACUGAAUCUGUUUUAUCUUCUCCUGACCUAAAGGCCUCCCAGUCUAAAAUUAACAUAAUAAAUCAAGGCAAUGAGUUCAUAGAAGACAAGGUAAUGACAGCACAAUAAAACAUGUAGAGAGUUUUGUUUAACUAGAGAUUCUGUCAUGUCUCUGGGGAAAAAUUCAUAGCUAUUUUUUCUUUUGAAAAAUUGAAAUGGCAAAACUAAUUGAACUUUGGCCAGUCUCUUCUAAUUUACCAUAUGCAAACAUCUAUAUGCACAUAGGCUUUAUCUUUAGGUGUGAAAACAAAGUCACCAGUCAUUCAGUGUUCUAUAAACUGUUUAUUAAAAAAAAAAAAACUUAUCUGCAACCUUUGUCAAUAUGUAUUUGUUCAUUGUGUAUUACCUCUAUAUAAAACCUUAUUUUAAAACUA